AUGGGCUGUGGAAGUACGAAAGCAGCAUUCGACGAUGAAAAAAAUGCUGUUGAUAGUUGGCGAAAAAAACGUGAACAAAAACGUUUGAAAAAUGUUAAUAUAAGUCAUACAGAUGAUAAUGAACAACCAAUAUCACCAUUAAAAAUUGAAACUGUUAUAAAACCUGAACUAACCAAAAAACCAAUAAAUGAACCUGUUGCAAAACCUCAACGGAUGUUAUCAUCACCACCAAUUGUACCAAUUAAACCAAAAAGUCCUUCACCUUUGCGUAUUAAAGGUCCGGCUAAAAUUCGUGAAAUAUUCAUUGAAAAACCUAUUGAUAUACGUGGAUUUGGCUUUAAACUUGAUGGUGGUCGAGUGCAAAGUCGACCAAUUUUUAUUUCAACCAUUGAAGAAGGUAGUCCUGCUGAUAAAUCUGGCCUAUGUGUGGAUGAUGAAAUUAUAUCAAUGAAUGAUGAAAAUAUUGAAAACAUGACAUUUGAUCAAGUACGAAAAAUUCUUAAAGAACGAAAUCUACGUGGAAGUAUUAAAAUGGUUGUUAGAACAUUUGAAGAUGUAGUGGAUGAUCAUUCUCAAACAAUCACAGCAGGACCUACAACUGAUCAUAGUCGAACGCCAUCACCUCAAAAAGUAAUCUCUACUACAACAGUAUCGCCGAUAUCUAUUACAGCACCUAAAACAAACAUAAUGCCAUUAUCUACAACAAAUGUUCAAUCAUCUGUUUCUACAUCUUUACCAUAUACUUCAUUGCCAUCUGAUACGACAAAAACUGUUCCAAUACAACAAAUACCUACAUCAUCUUUGAAUAUAUUUGCACCAAAACCAUUUCGUUCAACAACUUCAACUAAUCUUGAUACAAACAAUAAUCAUGAAUCAAAUAUGAAUCGUUCAUCGGCAAUUGAAGCAUUUCGAAAAAUGCUUAAUUCAUCAAAUACAAAUACAUAUCUAAAGAAUGAGACAACAAUUAAUAAUGAAAAGCAAGAAACAAAUAUAUAUAAAUCACCACCACGGGUCGUAGUUAAUACACCUCAAACAAUUGUUAAUCAAUCACCACCAUUAUCAUCUGUUGAUACAUUUGUACAUCGAAAUUUAAAUACUGAUAGUAAUACAAAUCAACAAGAUCAACGCAAUGAGUCUCCUAUUGCUCAAGUACGUUCAUAUGUUGAAAAACAAAUGGAUCAACUUCAACAAGAUCUUGAAUUUGGUUUUCCUCGUGCAACAAAACUUUCAUCAUCAACAUCUCAUCCUACAACACCUGCACGAGAACAACAACAACCGGUGACUAUUCCCAUUGAUUUAACAAAUGUUUCGUUAUCACCAUCUAUUCAACCAGUAGUACAACAAGAUUUUUUACGUUCAUCAUUAAAAAAAUCUUCUUCAACACAAAAUCAUCUUGAUCAAAUUCCGUCAAAUCGUACAUAUGGUUUAAAAAUAAAUCCAAAUGAAUAUGUUAUUCAUUAUCUUGAACCAUAUACACAACAAAAAUUAUCAUCAAAUUAUACAAAACAUUCUAUACCUGAUUUACCAUCAAUGACAACAAUUAAUCGACCAACAACAGCACAUUCAUUAGAACAUACAAUAAAUGAAUUACGAAUAACAAUGCCUGAACCACAUACAUCUCAAACACAAAUUAUAAAUCAACAACAAAAAAAAGUUACAAUUCAAUUAGGUGGUAAAAUACCACCUCAAAGAAUUACAAAUAAACAACUUCAUGCAACAUUAAAUCAAGCACCACGAAAAACUCAUUUUGAAGAUCAAGCAUGGAUUAAUGUUGAUCAAAGAAAACAAAUGAAUACGAAAAGUAAUGGUCGUCGUUCGGCACCACUUGCACCACAUCAUCAAGAAUUACAAAUGUCUAGACAAUCAAUACAUAAUUAUCAAGAUCAUCAUUCAAGAAAUGGACAACAAAGAAAUUUUGAUGUAUCUCCUAAUCGACAACAACGAACAAAAUCACCAGUUCGUACAACGAAUAAUAUCAAUAAUGAGCGAGUUUUAUCUGUUAGUGGAAAAUUACGUUGUUCUAGAUGUAAUGAUGAAUUAGGACAAGGUUCGGCUAUGGUUAUUGAAUCACUUGGACUAUAUUAUCAUAUAGAAUGUUUUCGUUGUUGUGUUUGUAAUAUUCCGCUUUCAUCAUCAUUUGAAGGUACUGACGUUCGUGUACGACAUAAUCGACUUCAUUGUCAAAAUUGUUUUUCCGAUGACAAUGGAAAUUGUGCUCAGUUAACAACAUUAGAUUUAACUCAUAAUGAACUUGUUGAUCUACCAGACUUGAUAGGAAAUCUUAAAAAUCUUAGUCGACUGUUGAUCAGAUACAAUCGCCUCUCGACCAUUCCAUCAUCAUUAGCAAAUUGUUCUAAACUUGAUGAAUUUAAUAUUGAAGGAAAUAAUGUUUCACAAUUACCGGAAGGACUUCUAUCAAGUUUAGUUCAUUUGAAUACAAUAUCAUUAGCACGAAAUAAUUUUAAUUCAUUUCCAUUGGGUGGUCCAACACAAUUUACAUCUGUACAUUCAAUUAAUAUGGAAUGUAACACAAUUGAUAAAAUUCCAUUUUCAAUUUUUUCACUUGCUAAAUAUUUAUCAAAAUUAAAUAUGCGAGAAAAUGCAUUAACAUCGUUGCCAUUAGAUAUUGGUUCUUGGACAGCAUUAGUAGAACUUAAUCUAGCAACUAAUCAAUUAAGUAUUAUACCAGAAGAUAUAAAAAGUUUACAAAAUUUAGAAGUACUUAUUAUGUCGAAUAAUCAAUUGAAAAGAAUUCCUCCAUCUUUGGGCCAAUUACGGAAAUUACGACAUUUAGAUCUUGAAGAAAAUAAACUUGAUUCGCUACCUCAGGAAAUAGGCUAUUUACGUGAAUUAACAAGAUUGAUUGUUGCAUCAAAUCAAUUAACCCAAUUGCCACGUUCCAUUGGAUCUUUAUCAAAUUUAACUCAUUUAAAUGUUGGUGAAAAUAAUUUAAGUUUAUUACCUGAGGAUAUAGGUCAAUUAGAAAAACUUGAACAACUUUAUAUAAAUGAUAAUCCAAAUUUGGAUGUACUUCCUUAUGAAUUAGCAUUAUGUACGAAUCUACAAAUAAUGAGCAUCGAAAAUUGUCCACUAAGAAGUUUACCACAAGAAAUAGUAGCUGGUGGACCUUCUCUCGUGAUACAAUUUCUCAAAGUGCAAGGACCGUUUAAUUUAAAUUGA